AUGAAUAAUUACAAUAAUGACAAAAACAGUAAUUCAAAAAACUAUUAUGAAACUUUAAAAGUAUCCAUUGAUGCACCAUAUGAAGAAAUAAAGAAAUCUUAUCGUAAAUUGGUUUUGUUGUAUCAUCCUGACAAAAUAUCAAAUGAUCAUUCAUCUUUUAACAGCGAUAGUGGCAAUGUUGCUAAUAAGGAAUUUAAUGAAAUUCAAAAAUCAUGGGAAACCUUAAAAGAUGAUGCUUUAAGAAAACAAUACGAUGCACUAUUAUUGGAACAACAAAGACAAAAAUAUUCAGUUUCAGAUGAAGUUGAUUUAGAUGAUAUGGAAUAUUUAGAAGAGGAGGGCCAAUACACCUAUCCAUGCAGGUGCGGUGAUCAAUAUAUUAUUACCGAAGAUCAGUUGUCAGAGGGAAAUGAUGUUGUUUGCUGUUCUGGAUGUUCUUUAUCAAUCAAAAUAAUUUAUGAGGUCGAAAAUUAA